AUGGUGAAAAAGAAGGAAAGCGAUAUCGGUUUAUCCCUCCUGCUUGGUAACUAUGAUGAUAUCCUUGACAAGGAUAUGGUAAGCAGCUUGGGAGGUAUUGGUAACAAGUUCGGAUUUGGUUUUAUGGAUGAGGAAAAAAAAGAUGAUGAAAGUGAUGAUGAUAGUUUAAUUAGUGAUGAAGAGUAUACGGGAUUGGAGCAAGACGCUUCUUUCGAAGAAGAAUAUCCAGCUAAAUUUGUUUUAUCGGUUGAUGAUGAUGAAAAUCCUCUGUUACGAUUUUCCGAACUCUUUGGAGCUAAAGAGCAAAAGAAGAACAAACAUAAAGCCUUCAACAUGAAAGGAUUAAUACAAAAGAUGAAAGAUCACGCAAAAGUUACCUAUAAUUUGGAAGAUGGAGAUGACGAUGAAGACUUGUUUUUCGAGAAUGACAUUCGGGUUGAUCCUUCUACAAAACUAACAGAGACAGCAAGUGUUGAUCAAUCUUCCGAAUCGGCUGAAGAUGAAAAGCCAUCCUCUGUAAAUUAUUUAAAACAAUCACAAAUGGAUAUAAUUUCUCAACGUUGUUCCGUAGAAAAUGUUGAUCAAGUCAACUGGGAAGAGAACAUUGUAUGGGAUUUGGUGAAACUUGAAGACAAGGAAUCCAAAAAACAACCAGAACAAACAACACCUAAGCCAGUAUUUGAAACUAACAAAUCCUCUAUUUUGGGAUUAAAUACAAUUUUCAGUUCCCACAAAGACUUUCAAAGCAACAAAAUUAAUGAAGUUCCUGAUUUGAGUGGAAUUCCCAAACUCAACACAAAGCAGGAAGGAGCUUGGGGUGAAAUAGCUGAAAAAAGUGAAGAAACCAAACCAAAAGAUACAUCAAAAUCAGCAAAUACUGAAACAAAAGAUGCUCAGACUCCUUCUGCCACAAGCAAUACAUCAACUACAACACCUCUCAUAAAGGAGCAGGAACCAAAUCCUUCCCAACCUCAUAGUACUGAUUUGGCCGAGUCAGAUCCAAACUUUCCAAGGGAUGAAAGUAAAAAACCAAAGAGAAAAUAUACAAGAAGAAAGAAGAAGGAAAGGGAGGAAGAAGAAGAAUCAAAGUUCAAGAACAGAAUCAGCACACUCAGAAAGGUUACAUUUGACCCUGUUGCUGACGAUUAUGACGACGAACAAGUCAAAUUCUUGAAUGAACAAUUAAUGAAUGGAGAUUGGAUGGAUGAUAUUUAUUGGGAUGAAUAUGAUGCCAGCAAGAAACAAGCUAAAAAUACCAAACUUAUCAUUGACAUGAACGACAAGUCAAUGUUUUUCAAUGAGUCUGAUGGCCAAUCCAAUGUAGACAAGGAUGAAAUAUUUGAUACUAUUGAAUAUAACAUUUACAACAUUUCAAAUGACAGCAAAUAUGAAGGUCAAACUAUCAAGGACCAAUCUCAAAAGACAACAGCUAAGAAGUAUACUGUCAGACAUUCCCAACCUGCACUCAAAUUGGAUCCAAAAUUGUACAGAAGCUAUAUUCCUGAUAAUGAAUUGCGUAGACACCACCACAGAAAGAACAAAUUCAAAAAUAAUGAAAUAAUGACUGUAGUUUUCAGAAAACCAAAGAAAGAGAAAAAAAAGUCAAAAAAGAGAAAGGACAUUGAAAAAAAGCAGGACCUAUCUGCGAACGAUCACCGUGUUAUUCUUAUGGAAUAUGUUGAAGAACGUCCAUCCUUGCUUAACAACGUUGGUAUGGGUACUAUGAUAAUGAACUAUUACAAAAAACCAAAUUCUGCCUUUGACAGUGUUCCUGAGUGUGAAGAUGGUAUUCCAAUUGUUGUAGAAUCUGAGGAUGGUGUACCAUUGAUUAAUACUCUUGUAGAUGGAGAAUUUUUUACAACAACUGAAAACAACAUGUUCCGUGCUCAAAUCUUCAAACAAGAAGUCAAAAGCACAGACUUUUUACUCUGUACAAGAAAGGCUUCAGGUGGCAAAACCAAAUUCUAUAUUCGUGAAAUUCCAAGAGAGUAUGUCGUUGGCCACACUCAACCACAAGUUGAAGUAACUCCACCAAGAACUCGUGCUUCUGAAAGUUACACCAACAAUAGACUUACCUUAUUUAUUUACAGAUCUUUCCUAGACCAGAUGAAGAAAGGAAAGAAACAACUCAAAAUCAAAAUUGAUGAUAUCAAGGAAGCAUUCCCAGAUUUUCCUCAUCAAACAAUCAGAGAAAGACUCAAAGCUUUGGCAACCUAUGAUAGAGGAAGUGGUGUUUGGACAGCCCAUCCAUCAAAACCUAUUCCAUCAGAGGAGGAAUUACAAAAUUUGGUCUCACCUGAAAUGGUUUGCAUUAAUGAAUCUAUGCUUUCAGGUGAUUUAAGAUUGAAUGACAAGGGUAUUGACGAUGAAGCAUCCAUGGUCGCCUUUGAACUUUCAUUUGCAAGAGUUGAAGAGAAGUAUCGUGAUACUAUUAGAUUUAUCGAGAGAGAAAAGAUUGAAUUACCUUGGGAUAAAACUAAUAACUUCCACUUGUGCUUUAAAGGUGGUAAGGAAGGUGUCAAGUUACAACUCUUAGGAGUUAUUCACCAAAAUAUUACAAAUCCUGACAAACUUAAGCAAUUAGUGGAAGAAACCGAGAAGAGAAUUCAAAGCGAAAUUGAAGAAAUUUUACCUUCCAUGACAGAUACUGAGGCUAAGAGGAUUUUAAUCAAUAACAAGUAUACAGAAGACCAAUUGAAGAAUAUGACAAGAGCUGAUAGAAAGAUGAAUGCCAGAAAAAUUCUUAAACAACAAGGUUAUCAACCAGGUGUAGAAUAUGUAAAUAGAGAAACAUUAUUUGACAUUAAUACCAACAGUGCUAUGGAUAAUACCAAUGGUGCUAUGGAUAAUAAUGCCAUUGAUAGCAGAAAGAAUGCUAAAGAUAUUGCCAGAAUUAACAUUUUCAAAGAAGUGUUACAAGAUGUCUACUUUAGAGAGGCCAUCAAAUUACAACGUGGCUUGAAUUUCUACGAGACACCUGAUGACAUUAUUGACAAGUUGGUGGAACAAAAGCUUGGCCGAUCAAAGGCAGAUAAGGAGGAGUUGGAUAAGUUAAUGAAUAGCUCUAUCCAACAAAAACUCAAAGAAAUGGAUGAGGCUGAGGCUGAAACUGGUAAAAAAAAACGUGGCAGAAAGAGUAAACAGCCAAGUGUUGUUGAAAUUGGAAAACGUUAUGUGAAGAAGACGACAUUUAUUGCCAAUGACGAUGGCACUCAAACUGAAAAGGUUGAACUUAUCAAGAAUCCAACCCAGGUCAGUUAUUAUGAAUUGGUCAGUAAGGGCAAAAGAAGAGCCAAACACUUUUUGGGUGCAACAGAAGAGGAAGUUUUACUUGUAGGACCAAGAGAAAGAGGUAGACUUCAAGCUCUCUCCAGAGAAUUCAAAAAGAAGUUCCGUUCUGAUAAGCACACAGCUAGUGAGAAACUGAAUCAGGACAAGAAGAAGAAAACCACAGCCAUCAAGAAUGCCUCUGUUACAACAACCAGAAAGCAACAAACUAAACAAAAAAAGUUGAAGAGGGAACAGAAGAAAGAGGAAGAAAUUCAAAAGAAGGAAAAGAGAGCUGCCAUCAUCAAAAAGCUGGACAUAAGUGAUGGCACUCCAAUUAUUUCAGAUAAGAAAGACAAGAAGAAAAAGAAAGAACGUUCUGAAGGGGAAAAGAAACGUAAAUCAACUUCUGACUCAGGUUCCUCUAAGAAGAAAACCAAGAAUGAAAAAGUGGCUUAAAUAAAUUGUUUUUUUAUUG